CUGGGAGACUUGGUAUUAAUUGUGAUGCUGUACAGAGACCUCAGACUUGUUUACCACAGCAUCAACAGCUGGAAUGGAGACAGGCAAGAAUCCUGCCUGGACUCCUGCAGUGCCUACAGCUCAGGUCACGUAAUUACCUUCCAGCUACACUUGACCUUGUGGCUCAUUUUUUUUUUCUUUUAACUUGUUUUUCCUCGGGAGGUGGGGACAGGUGAGGAGCCGCGUCUUUGUGCACAUCACAGGUCACAGGCAUACAGCAGAUUUUCAGUAAACACUGAGUGUGCCUGUGAGCUGACAGAUUGGUUAGUCAGAACUAUCGCUUCCUCUUUUGACGCUGAUGGACACUUCCGGGGAACUGGUUUACCUCAUCAAUUCACUUUUUCCUCAGCAAAGAAUUUGGGAUUUACCAAUGUCCAGUAACCUUUAAAACAGGCUAGUCCAAAUAAGAGAUAUGACAGCCAAUGUAUAUUUAUUUAUUUACCUACAGUCUCACGGCUACCAGGCUGACCUGAAGCUCACUAUGUAGCUGAACUCCAGAUCCUCCUGCCCUUACCACCCAAGCUCUGAAUUUCUAGGUCUGCUCCACUCCCCUGAAUGUGUGCUUAUGCUAGGAGAGCACUCUACUAACGGGGCUUUAUCCCCACUCCAACACGUGCUCCCUCCAUGAGGACUCCGGUAGCACAUACUAGGAGAUCUAAAUCCAAGCUGCUUCAGACCAGCCACAGUUCAUAGAUCCCUAACUGAAAUCUCCAGGGGUAGGGAGAAAAGCCCGCCUGGCUGGACAUAGGGACCGGGUGCCAUGGGCAUUCCAUUGUCACUGGCUCCUCGGUGGCUUGACUUCCCUCCAUAAACUCCCUAGCUGAGGUGGCACCUGUGAAUUCCAGGUCAGUUUCUGGUAGUCUGUGGCUGGGAAAACUCCUAGUCUCAUCCGUUUGGUUUGGGCUACGUGAUUGCCUUUGAAUCAGCUCACCGGCCAUGGCUGUGCAUCUUAAUCAGGACCUAUUUUUAGUAGCAGGAGACACCUAAAUUCAGAUUGCUUUAGGCUAGACCACUGUUUCCUUGGGAGCCCGAGGUAGAUCAGUUCCGUCAGGAGACUGUGAGUCUGCACAGAGAAGCCAGCUGUGGCCUUUCCCUCUCGGCCUCUCCCACAGGCAAUGGCUGCGGAGAGGGGUCUGGUAGGAAACAGUAUGGCUGGAAGACAGGUCUUGAGCUGUAUGUGUAUAUGAAACUGGAGAACAUCUGUAUAAGAAAGGGGGAGCCUAAGUGGAUAUUAUGGGAGAUGAGAGGGAAGAGACUCUUUAGUGGCCUCCCUAGUGCCUUCCCUUAGCAUACUCAAUUUGUGUAGGAAGCAAAGGCCCAGUAGUACUGCCAGUCACCCAGCCACGAUCCAAAGUACGCCGUGGAGAGGACCAACUUUAACCACACGUGUUAAUUAUUAGUCCCUGCACAGAGAUCAGUUUAGCUUUUUCAAAGUCCCAACAGAGGAUACAUAAAGUAAUGCUUCCCGUGUUCAAUGUUUUCUUUCACAUAAAUGCCCAGACCCUCAUCUUGGGGGAGAAACAUCAUGUAAGCCAUUUUCACAGUCGCCAGCUUUGAUUUUUGUGCCCUGGUAAAGGUCUCGCUGGCUUUUCUGGGAUGGAGAGUCAGGUUCUUUCUUCUACUACUGAGUUGGCAGAGAGUGUUCCUCUGGAGAUCCUCCUUUCCUUUUUCUUGCACCAGUGUUUUGAGGGAGGUUGCUGAUGGUGACUGUGAGGAUGGACAGGCGAUGUCAUUGGACCGUCUCUUCCCAGUCAACCUGUUUUUCCCCUGCGGGAAGAUGUAAGGGAAGCAUAGAGAAUGACGCCUCCCAGCAGGCAAGCACGUGGAGCUGUGCUCACCCAGCUUGGCUCAUUGGUGCUCAAGUCUUUCACUCUGAGCAUCUGUACGCUCUGAGCUUUUUCUUUCACUUCCUUUCUUCUAUGGGUGAUGACCUGCCAUCUCUCUGAAAAGGAGUCUGAAGGUCACUGAGUGUCAACAUUGUCACCUCUCUCUGGUUUAAGCAGAAAGGGAGGAGGGGAACGGACUGGUCAUUCAAGAGUUUGAAAACCUGGGAUGAAAAUAAUAGCUCUCAGGUGCCACAUGUGUUUCUGCCAAAGGGCUCUGUGUACCAGCCUUUGAAGGACUGUCAUGUUCUCUCUGGAGUGUCCUUUACCAUCUACCUCCGUAGGAGGUUGGGAGGAGGGCGUGGAAGCCAGUCCUGAGAGUCCUUGAGGAAGAAAGCUGUUGGAGGUCUUGCAGAAGUCAGGUCUUCUGCUGCAUCCUCUUAAAGGAAGGCAAAAGCCUGCGGGAUUGGGCAGAGAGCCCUGGGUCAAACUGGACCAGCCACUGACACAACAGUGGCCUCAAACUGCAGCUCCAGUCUGGGUCUCUGUCCACUCACAGCGUGGCGUCAGGACCUCGGGUUGCUUUGGUGGACAGUGGGUAGGGACAGAGGCUCUCAAACGCCUUGAUCUCUCCGCCCAUGCUCCUGCACGGAAAAACAAAACAGGCUUGCGAGAUCCUGCAGCGUCCGAAGACAUCACUGCGCGGAACGUCACCUCGCUCAGGGUUUGAGGCGGGGGAGGGAGGAGAGCGCACCGGACGGAGGAGGACGAUGGUUCAGCGAGGGCUGAGCUGGAAGGGGUUCUCGGCUCGUCCGGCCGCCGCCUUUGCGUGGCUGCCUCCCUGGCUGUUCAGCGCUUCGGGGGUGGCGGCCGUGCGGCCGAGCAGGGGAUGCGCUUACAUAACCGCUCGCCGGGUCCUGCUGCCUCGCGCUCUCGGGAGCCGCGGUCGGGGCGCGCCGCGGGACCGUGAUGCUGCCAGGACGAGUAUGGCAGGGCCCGGGCCGGCCCGGCAGGCGGAGGAGCGCGAGCAGCGGCGGGAGGAGGCCGCCGGCGGCGGGGGAGGUGAAGGCCGGCCUGCCACUCCUCCUGCUAUGAUGCCUGGGCAGAUCCCAGACCCUUCAGUGACCGCAGGUUCUCUACCAGGGCUCGGCCCCCUCACCGGACUUCCCAGCUCUGCUCUGACCACAGAGGAGCUGAAAUACGCUGACAUCCGCAACAUUGGGGCCAUGAUUGCACCCUUGCACUUCCUGGAGGUGAAACUGGGCAAGAGGCCCCAACCCGUGAAGAGUGAGCUAGAUGAGGAAGAAGAGCGAAGGAAAAGGCGCCGAGAGAAGAACAAAGUGGCCGCAGCCAGAUGCCGGAACAAGAAGAAGGAACGCACGGAGUUUCUGCAAAGGGAGUCAGAGCGGCUGGAGCUCAUGAACGCCGAGCUGAAGACCCAGAUAGAGGAGCUGAAGCUGGAGCGGCAACAGCUUAUCCUGAUGCUCAACCGCCACCGCCCCACCUGCAUCGUGCGCACAGACAGCGUCAGGACACCCGAGUCCGAAGGCAACCCGCUGCUGGAGCAGCUGGACAAAAAGUGACUGAAGGCUUGGAGGAGGCAUCAGAGGAUGGGGAGGGGGGACAGCAGAAGGAGAAGAGGUGAUGGAGGUCUCCCCCUGGGCGCAUGACAAACUCUACCAUGAGGCUUGGCAUAACUGGCCUCCAGCCGGCUCCUUUCUGAAACUCAGCCCAGCCACGCGAGAGCAAGAGCAGACUGAAGAAACCAGAGGGACCAAGCGACGAGACCAAAGUUGACCCGCAGGUAGGGGCUGUCCCACUCCAAGGCCCAGCUUGAAGGGUGCCUCAGCCAGAGAGAUGCCCAGCCAGGUAGCCUCCUCAGGCGCUCCUCUGGCCUCUCUGCCGAGACCCCCCCACCCAAAGGACUACCGAGCAGCCAAGAAAAGCCAUGCGUCCCAACACACGGUGUGGCCAAGGAUGGAACUCAGCGUGGACUGCGAUCCACCCUCCCCAGCCCUGCCCAAGCCCGGUGGAAAGGGUGCACUGCGGGGCUGUGAUGGGCCUGCUGGAGUUUGCUGUGGCACUGAGGCGCGGGCGCCCUCCCAAAGCACACAGUCGAUGAAUGUUUACAGACUGGCUGUCCUGGCGGGGCUUCCAACUGCACACCUUUUUUUUAUACUUUCUUUUUUUUUUUAAUAUUUUUUACAAAAAAAAAGAUUUUAUACGAGCAAUAUAUAUAUGGAUUUCUAUAAUCACUCGAUUGACACAGUACAAAUACGCUAUGGUCUGUAGUUAAGGACAUCCACCCUCCGGGUACAGCCGUUGUAAUUCCUAAGUACUGUAGGCUCUGGGUGUUGAGGGGUGGUGGCCAGGCGGUGGGGGUGCAUUUGCAUCCUUGUAAACCCUUCCUAGUACUCAGUCCUGUAUCGCUCAGUAAACAUUGCUCUAAUUAC